AAAAGCAGAAAGAAUUAUCCACAAAAAGAUUUAAUUUCUUUUUACCAUUUGCAGAGCAUCGUAUAAUUAAAUAGAAACUUGGCCCAGAGUCAUAAAGUCAUGAAUUGGGUGAGAAGAUCAUUACUAGAUGCUAAGAAAUGUGAAGCACGGUCACAGCUUUACAAAGCAAGCAAGCUCAGCAACCCCACCAAAAGACAUAAUCACCGCCUUAAUUAUUCUAACCACAGAGAGAUGAUAAAUGAAGAGGCUGUUAAAAUCUAAGAAAAACUAUGCUGUCAAUGUUAACUAACCUCUCUCCCAUGCAUGGACACCCACAAACUUCCCUCUGGAUUUACUAUGGUCCUGCUGAGAAGGCCAUGAAAAGAGCUCCUAGUUUUUUCCAAAAAUGAUGGUCAAGUCCUUCUAGUAGUUUCCUGUGGCCUUUCUCUUGUGAUAACACUAUAUGGGGCACCACAAGGGGUAUAAAAAACCAAAAUAAUUUGUACUUGACGGCCCCUGCAUGUCUUAGUUUCCAAGUCUUUCUGUGUAUCUAUCUGGAUUCUGGCCCUAUUAUCACCAGAUUCUCCCAUGCCACUAUGCCUUUGUUUCAUUUAAUAUUUCUCAUCUUGGUCCUCUUGACAUCUAGCUAUGGCUCUUCUUCUUGGUGCCCACAUAGCUAUGCUCCACAAAAUAAUAGAAAAUUUGAGCAGAAAACUGAUCGUUUCUGGGAGUUCCAAGAGCAAUCGAAAACAUGGGUUGAAGUGGAACUGCCAUAUGACCUUGUCUCUUGUGUUAGUGACAACUGCACUAAAGUUGGUUCAAUUCAUCCGGUUACAAGAGAUGCAGAAGAGCAGUUAGAAAGACAAAAUGAUGUUACCAGGAAAACUGGAAGUCUGAAAAGGAAGGAUGGGGAUGGAGGAAAAGAACAGAAUUCUGAGAUUGUUCUGCCAUUGAGGAAGAGGAUUUCUUUGACCAAAAUGUCUGAGGCAUCCAUUUGGGUAACUGGUGAAAGUGGGUCUAUCUAUGAGAGGUUCUGGAAUGGAGUGCAGUGGGUGAUAGCACCCCAUGAUCUACCUGUAUUGGUUGGUCAUGCAAUCUGUAUCUUUAUUGUCAAUCAAAGUAUUCUUGCUCUAUCAGAAUCAGGAAUCCUAUAUCAGAUGAGACUCAGUGAGCGCUCACAGCCAAUUUGGACAGAGUUCACACCUACUGUCGAUGAAAGCACAAAUAAAGAAGCAGGACAAAGUUCAUCGAUCCCAAUAAAGUCAGGCGUCAUUUCACAUGAUGGGUUGAAAAUUUAUUUCUGCACAAAGAAUGGCUCGUUAUUAGAACUUAGUGAGGCAGAACCUCCAAGAUGGGAAAUUCACGGGCGACCACCUGGUGCAGAUGUUGCAGCAAUUGCUGCUGUUGCUACUAUUAGACCAGAAGUAGUAUAUACCGUAAGUUCUACAGGUGAUCUCUACGAAUACGAUAGGAGGUCAAAACCAUCAUGGAAGAAGCAUAUAUGGACAGAAGGGAAAGUAGAAGAUGCUUCUCUGAUGCCAUCGAUGGGAUGCACACUACAUGGCUUGAGUGGAGACUACUCCAUCUCUCUUUUUCUUUUAACUAAGGAUGGUAAAUUGGUAGAGAGACGAUUGAACCAAAGGAAGUGGAAAUGGAUAGUCCAUGGAAGUCCCAAAGAUCAUCAGUUGACAUCUAUCACACCAGGUCUACAAGAUGAGACAAAUGAAAAAUUCUUGUCAUUAUUUUUCACCACAUCCUCUGGAUCGGUUUUUGAGUAUCGAAUAUCAAAACAGUCAGGCACUGAUCAGGGAAACCAAAUUCCUGAAGCAUGGUCGAGUCAUAUGCAUCCCCCGCAUGCAAAAGUUGCAAGUGGAAUUUCUGGGUUACAAGUCCAAGUUGGCAGAAUAGUUUUCGCACUGCAUGAUGGUAGACUUGCAGAGUUGCAUCUACCUGGACUAGGUGGAGAAAAUACAGGGCCGAAUCAUCAAGUCAAUGUCCAAAAAAAGAUGUCAAUUAAAUAUGUAUGGUCAAUAUUAGAUGCCCCAGAGACUGAAGGGUGGAAUGCUGAGUAUUGCAGAGAAGAACGUGGACCGAUGAACUGUCUUGAAGGCAUAAAAGAUGAGCCAAAUGAUCAAGGAAUUACAAGAUCAAUGGCAAGAAGGCGAAAGGGAAGUCAAGCACAACAAGAUUACCUAUUUGCAGGUGCUAAUGGACCACAGAAAGUUUCGAAAGAAUAUAGAUUCCCAGAUAAUUGGAUCAACAUGAACUUUCGUCUGCGGAUGAUGCAUGGAGGCAAAUCAUUUUUCCUUAUUACUGAUGGUGGUUUGACUUUUGAAUAUAUUUAUGCUGAAAAUUUAUGGCUUUGGCUAAGGCAUGACCACCCAGCACCAAUGAAAGGUGCCCUUGGAAACUACAAUGGAAGUCUGUUUUUGGUAGAUAUUUAUGGGAGUCUGCUUAUAAGAGAAAGAAGCGGUGAGGGGCUAGCAUGGGUGAAUUGCACUGCCAUGAGGGAUCUCGGACAUGUUAUUGGAGGCCCUCCAUGGGAUGGGAUUCCAGGUAAAGCUCUGAAAGUUACAGAAGAAGAUGCAAUCUUCUUAGUGAGCAAAAAUGGAAGACUACUGCAGUUCACAGUUGCGCUGAGGAAAUUCAAAUGGAAAGAUUGUCAAAACCCUCCAAAUACCAAAGUUGCAAGUAUUGUUGAUCAGGAGCUGUUCCGGGACAACAUAGUGUUUGUCAUCGGAAGGAAUGGAAAGCUAUACCAGUAUAACAAAGUGACUGAAUUGUGGCAUGAGCAUUAUCAGUCGCAACAUUUGAUUUUAUCAAGAUCACCUGGAACUGCUAUGAGGGCAUCAUCACAAUCACUUACAGGCUCACUAUUUAUGCUUUCAGAAGAUGGUGGACUAGUUGAAUACCAUUGGAAUACUGGUGAUGGCUGGAAUUGGAUUGAACAUGGAACACCUAAUAAAGGUGUAACCUUGAUCACUUCCCCUAGCCCAUGUUUUGAAGGUAAUCAACUUUUUCUUAUAGGUUCAGAUGGAAAAGUAUACGUUAGGUAUAUGGACAAAAUGACAUGGAGAUGGAAAAACUGUGGCUUCCCAUAUGUGGGAAAAUUAAUGAACGAAGAUCAAACACAAGAGGGUGGAAAUGAUGAUAGUGAAGAAGUUUGCAUGGAUAAAGAUUUUGCAGCUAGCUUGGAGAAUGUUGCAGAGAAGUACAGUGAUUAUAAUAGAAACUGUGACCCAAAGGUGGCACCAACAAGGCCAAUCCCAUUUUCUGAUGAUUCAGUUAUCUUCGAGCUCAAGGAUAGAAGAUUGGCAGAGAUGCGAAGAGUGGAGGGUACACAUUGGGUAUGGUCACGCACUAUUGGCACUCCAACAACCUUAUGCAUGGCCAAUUAUUGGACGGCCGUGGCUUCUUGAGGAAAACAUACAACAUACAGAAGAACAUGUCAGAAACAUACAUGUAUAGAUCUACUACUACAAGUAUACGAAUUUCGUACAUAUAACAAAGAAGAGAAAGUAAGAAAUAUCGGACCUUCUUUUAGCUUGCUGUGGGAGAGCAGGGAGCUGGAAUUAGAGUAGAGAACCAUCAGGAGCAGAAUUUCUAGUAUGACUGUUUGUACAGUGGAGGAAUUCAGAGGAAAGCUGAGAACAUGCUCACCCCCCCAUAAUUAUAAUAUCAUUGAGAUGGCAUGGUAUCCUAU